UCUAAGGGAGCAAGGAAGCGGGCUGAAUAUGCGUGUUGGGAAUUGGCCUUCAAGCCCACCGGCAUUGCUAGUGCGGGAAGGAGGAAGUUGUCUUUCUGGGUUGGAAGGCCAGAGGGGCAGUUUCCCCCAUCGCUGAGUUGUCAUAAGCACCAUCUGUGGUAUUGCUGCCUGCUGUGUGGCGGCUAAAGGCGCAAGGGUUUUCCUCCCGGGGAAGGGCUCAUAACCGCUGGGAAUAUGGGAGCCACGAGAACUCGGGAAGUGGCUGGGUUGGCACUUGAUUUCUGUUCCUGGACAGAAAUUCAGUUCAGUGCAGGGUUUUCCCACCAGAAUAAACUUCACCUGUUGGAUACUGGGAAGAGACCUACUUGCAGAACUGGAGAGAGGGAGACCUACUGGUUGGGAUCUUGGGAACCCUCCAUUUGUUCACAGGUCUCUUUCCAAAGCCAUGUCUCACCCCAGGCAUAGUAAAGGAUCUGGCUCUUCACAGGCACAAUAUAUGGAUGUUGAUGAAGAAUUAACUUUGAGUCAGACUCAGACGCUCAGUCAGGCACAACGCAAUUUGGAACAUCACUCCCCCCGUCAAGUGGAACAAAAAGUAAAUGAGGUGGUGCAAUUUCUUCUGAUCAAAGAUCAGAAGAAAAUCCCUAUUAAACGGAUAGAUAUUGUGAAAAACAUCAUCAAAGACUACAAAGUCUUUCCUGAGAUUCUCAAACGUGCCAAUCAGACCCUUCAACAGGUAUUUGGGCUGGAACUAGUGGAAAUUGACCCAAAGAACCACACCUACAUCCUGAUAAGUAAAUUUCCUCCUUUGGAAGGGGAUACCAUGAAUGAUGAUGAGAACACUCCCAAGAUGGGCCUCCUUAUAGUAAUACUUAGUCUUAUCUUCAUGAAAGGCAACCAGGUCAAAGAAUCUGCCGUUUGGGAGAUGCUGAGGAGAUUACAUAUUGACUGCUCUGGGGGAAAACACAAAGUCUUCGGUGAUGUGAAAAAGCUAGUGACAGAGGAAUUUGUCAGGCAAAAAUAUCUGGAAUAUACACGUCUCCCACACACAGAUCCUCCUGAGUUUCAGUUCAAGUGGGGACCACGAGCUUUUAAAGAGACUUCCAAGAAGCAGAUCCUGCAGUUUGUUGCUAAGAUACAAAACCAGAGUCCCAAAUCUUGGAUGGGCCAGUACAAUGAAGCUGAAGCAGAAGCCAGUGCUGCAGGAAAGCCAUAAACAUGAUGGUGUUGGAUUAUAAGGAACUGUCAAAACCUCCUCUCCUGGAACUGGGUACAACCACUGCCUGCUUUCUGUUACUAUUACUGGAAGUAAUACAAGAGCCGCAUUUCAUAUAAAGUGCUUGGUACUUAAUAGGUUCCCCGUUUGUGAGGGAAAGAUUCCAGAAUAGACUGAGGCAUUUUACUGGUCAUGUAGACAAGAUUCCUCCCUAAGACUAUAUGAUUAUUCAGCCAUUAGCUUUGUUAUUUUCUGAACUGGAGAUAAGUUGAUACAAUAUUUACCAGGAAUAAAAAUAUUUUCCAAUUCUCUAUUUUUCUAUGCUUUAUUCUCUGUAUUAAAUUGCCACCUCGUUUCAGAUGACAUAUAUUGUAGAUACUUGUAUUCAGUCAGAAUAAAAAUAAGGCACUGGCAAACUCCUGGCAAAGUUUCAGUCGAAUCCUCUGCUAGAUAUGAGUGCUUAUUUCAUUCUCUCUUCUGCUCUCUUCUUCUUCUCUUUCUCUUUCUCUCAGAAAUUCUCUCUUCUGCUUUCAGCAGAAGAGCAGCAGAAGAGAGAAUGAAAUAAGCACUCAUGUCUAGCAGAAAGAAAGAAAAGGCUUUAAAGGUGUUUAUGUUUGCCAGGAUUAUGCUUUUUUUAAAAAAAAACAUAGUUUACAGCUUGGUUAUUCCUCGUUUGUUUAAAGAAUUUAACAGAUGGGACUAAUUAUUCAUCUUAGGCUGUGAGAUCUAUACCAUGAGUUGCUUUUGGAUGA